AUGGCCACAAACCGCGCGACUGCGCGACGGAGGAGCGCCAGAACAGCAUUCGAGGAGGAGGAUGCGCCUGCUACGAAAAGGGCAAAGACGGAAGUGAAUAGGACAGCGAAGAAGACAAACGGCGCGACAAAGAAAGCCGCGAAGACAGCAUAUGACGAGGAUGACGACGGUUUCCAGUUCACGCGUCGCACGUCAAGACGAACGUCCAAAGCACAACCAGUGCCCGAACCGAUACCCGAAGAACCAGCCAAGCCCCCGCCAGCGCGCAGAAAGAAAUCACUUGCUGCGCCUGAACCCGAGCAAUCUGAACCGCAAAGAAAAAGGAGGUCGACGCGUUUGUCAGGUAAUAAGGAACACUUGGACGAGGUAAAAGAGGUAGAUGAAAGCGCAGAACCAGCGAAAUCCGCGCCAAAGCGAUCAAAGAAAACCGUGCCUGUGGAAAAAGUCAAGAAGAAACACGUCACUCCAGCGCCGGAAGAGCAAUCAGAAGAGAAGGGAGAAGCGCCUCUUCUAGUGCAAACACCGAAGAUUAACGGGCUCCAUGUGGCUAAGAAGCGCGAUGGAGCGACCAAGAUCAUGCUACCUUUUGCGGACACGCCUGUGAUCAAUCGUAACAAAGAAAUGCGAAAAGCAAGUAAAGAUGGGCAUCGACGGAGCAGCACAGGGCUGAGGGGCAGGAGAGCAAGUUCGUUGAUCGAUAGUGGGAUGUCUAACGCAUUACCCCAUUCCGAGGUCGAAGUUCGCGAUUUCUACAAAUACAUCGAGCAAAGCUUACCGGAACCGCGGCGCAUGAAGCAACUACUGACUUGGUGCGGCUCCCGAGCGCUGCCAGAAAAGCCAUCGGGCAACGUCAAGAACGCAAAUGCGAUUAUGGCUGCACGAGCCAUCCAGCAAGAGCUUAUAGACGAUCUUGCGAGCAAACCAGAACUUUCGGAUUGGUUCAGCAGGGAAGAAACAGCACCGCCGACUGUGGUGAAGAAGCCCAAUCCUCAGAACGUCAAGAAUCAAGCAACGCUUGAAGAGUUCGAACAAGAAAUUAAACGUCUCGAGGAAGAGAAAGCCGCCUGGGAAGCUCUGGCCUCGUUCUCGAAGCCCCCACCUCCGCCAUCAAUACAAACCGCAACCCCCACAUUUGCCGACAUCGACGCCUCCGUUCUCGAUCCUGAACAAGCUUCCAUACUAGCCGCUCUUCAACAGUCACAACCACCACCACCCGUAGAGUCGUCCGAACCUUCCUCAUCCGCAGUCACAUUCACAUUUACAACACCCGCCGCAUUACAAGCACACCUUGAAAAGCUCUCCGUCUCUCUAGAACCCAACAUCGACCUCUUCGCAGACGGCGUGCACAAGAUCGAGCAGUACAGGAGCACAGCCGAGCGGGUAGCAGAUCGCGUGCUGGGCACCGCGUCGAAGCGGCUGGAAGAGCGGGACAAGGAGAGCAGGGAGAAGGUCGGCAGCGAGGGAAUAGGCGUGGGCGAUGUACUCCGGGGCUUGGCCGGCGUGCUGAAAGAGUCGUAG